CAUUAUUGCGUUGAGAUAUUUUUACAUUAAUGGAUUCCUUGUUCUGUUCGCAGAGGAAACUUUAAAAUGAAGGCCCAGAAGACAAGAUUCUGCUUGUUGCAGAAAUAAAAUCUUUUAUAAAGAAGAUCUCAAAGUGCAGUGUAACCUCACUGUUUGUUUUUAGAACAAGCUGAAAGCUCCUCUCACUUUGGAAGCUUGAUUGUGGGUGGGUGUUUUUUGUUGUAUAGUUUUACUCACAUUAAAUAAGAGUGAAUCACUUCUGCAGGCCAAUGAAUUACUCAGUAUUUACACUUGUUUCUUUUGAAUUUACUAUUAAAACAGAGUACCUCGAUUAAUUUAAGUGAAUUAAGGAAAAACAUAAGUGUUUGCAAAGAUCAGGCAUUUAAUUGAGGCAAAAAUGUGUCCUGAUUUAAGGAAAAAAAAUGUAUUAAGGUAUCCCUGAAAUAAAAAUUGGUAUCUAGUCUUUGAACAUCUGAUCCAGAAUAGCAUUCAGUUUUCUGGGUGAUCUGACUCUUCCUUUUCCUUGUGCAGAUUCUUUAUAUUAAAAUACUGAAUGUUCAUUUAAAAUGACCCCAAAAUUACAGCUGGAAUAAUACCCCAGAUUUUUUCCAUGUAUUUGGAUCUUUUCUUUUUACAAAAAAAAAAACAAACCCAAACCCUAAAACUUUAAUCAUGAGCUGUGGAAAUGAUUUUGUGGCAAUGCUCAAGAAAAUUGGAUAUCCAAAAGCUGAUGAGCUUAAAGGAGGUGAUUUUGACUGGUUGUUUGAAUCUUCAGAAAGUAGAUCAUUCCUGGAGUGGUUUUGUGGCAACGUAAAUGAGCAGUGUGUGGUAUCUGAACAAGAACUGCAAGAGUUUGAUAAUCUUCGUGAGUCUGGUAAGCCCAUUUUGGAAGAAAAUGCACUGGAUGAAGUUCUUAAAACUCUGAAGCCUGUGGAUUCAACGAGCAGUAGCCAAGAGGAGGAGGAACUGAAGACAUUAGAGGAUGAGCUUCAAACUCUUCAGAAGUUAAAAAAACUUCAAAUUCAUCGGCAUAAUAAGCUUCAAAUGAUGGUUUCUGCAAAGAGACAUGAGUUACAGAUGUUAAAAAGCAGAGAGAAUGAAGCACAUAAAGAAUUAAAAGAAGGAUUGAAAGUGUUUACUGCAGCAACUAAUGAACUUAACAAUGAACUGCUGUCUUUUACAGAUGCAACUAAGAAAUGGGCCUCUUUCUUUACUGCUUCAGAUUCAGAACAAGGGUCAGAUCCACAACCAGUGUUUUUUUCCCACCUUUCUUUGGACAAGUAUUUGGCUCAGGAAGAAGAAAACUCUGCAGCUCUUAGCUCAUACAUAAACAAAAGUUUUGAUCAAAGUGUGUCUAAAUGGGUUGAAAAUUCACAUGAAGGCAGCUUUCAGUUUGCAGAUGUCAGGGAACAAGACACUUGUGAGGAGACUGAUGAAAUCUCUGAGGAGACUGAAGAGGUGGCCAGGCUCCAGACAGCAUAUAUUUGUGCUCAACAUCAGCUAAUUCAGAUGCAAGCUGAAAAGGAGAGCCUGAAUUCAGCUAUAAAAUGUGCGGAGAGCAUGUUGCAGUCCUUAAAAAGCAAGGAUAUUGGGAAACAAGAGAACCUCACUGCCAAAAUACCUAGUUUAAAUGAUGAAAUUUCAACAAUUAAAGAAGAUAUAACUCGGAUAAACAAUGAAGUACUGAUGCCCCUUCUGAAGGAAAAGGCAUUACUUCUGAGCAUGCCUGUGGAGAAAUGCUACUUGGAGCAUCAGAUUGCUCAGCAAGAUUAUUGUGCUUCAAUACAAAAUGAAAUAUUCAGGCAUUUGAUACGACAGAAAGCAUCAUUUGAACUUAUUCAGCUAGCCUGUGAAAUGGAGUUUAGGAAAAAUAAGGAGAUCACCUGUCAACUCGAGAAUUUGGUAGAAUCUCUAAAACAGCACACUGAUGAGCUGCAACAGAGCCUACAGGAGAUAACUGAGCAAAUUAAACGUGCACAGUCAAGAAAUACUAUUAGUUCAAGGGAUGGUUUCUCUUUCAGGCUAUAUCAGCUUCUGGAAGGAGAAAAUAAAAACCAAGAAUUAUUAAAAACAUACAAAGGCCUAGAGCAGAUGGCUCAGAAGUUAAAGCAGGACUGUGCUGCAGCACAAGAGCGACUAGAAGCGUCUUCUAAAGAGCAGUUUCACCUUUUAUCCAAGCUAGAAAGUGAUGUAUAUACCCUUUAUGAUGAGCUGUAUCCUGGAGGAGGUCAAAUACAACUCAGUAAUCAGGAACUUGUUGAGCAAUUGCACCAACUGGAAACCAAUUUAAAUAAAUUAAGUCAACUCCUUAUUGAUCUGAUGGCGGAUGUGAAGUCAAAGAGAAACUUUUUAGAGUCCAAUAAUCUGCGUCAGAUGGAAAGAAACUUGUAUGUGCAUUUUUAUACAGAUGAAGAUGGCUUGAAAGAGAUGGUGGAGAAGCUGGAGCAGCAGGCUGAGAUGAAAGCCCAUGCUCUGGAGGAUGAGCAUUUUGCCACCAGUUGAGCUCUCAGUUUUUAAACUUCAAGUGUAUUUUUAAAGAAAGGAAAGCAUGUUAAUGUAAACUGUCUGUAAGCUUAUGGAAUGAUAACUAUUGGUUUAUCAAGGCUAACAUGUAUCUAUCAUUGUGAUGUAUGUUUAACUGCCACAGUUACUGGGUUUGAGUUGUAUGCUGCUUUAUGGCUUUUGGCAUCAGCCCACUGAGUUCACAUCUCGGUUUUGUCACAGUUCUUCGAUACAGAGUAAUACAUUGGUUAUUUAAAUUAAUUGUAUUCGGGCUGCUCUUCUGCUAACCUUUAUGUUGAUUUCCAGUGCACACAGCAUAGCACAAAAAGGAAUAUUUUCUGCACAUGGGAUAGAUUUUCUUGCAUGCUAAGAACCUUUGAUAUGUGAGCUAACAAAUAAACACAGACAAGGCAUUCCAGAUUUUUGAACAUGAAUGUAAUAUGCACAUUCUGAAAAGGAAAGUUCUCUUCAGGAUGUGCCAUGCUUGUUUCCCGUAUAGUUCUUAUGAAGAUUUGGUGUUGCUAAAAAUAUGUCGGAACAUGUACCAGAAUGUUUCAAGUACCACAACCAUCUACUUUAAGACCAUUGCAAUAUCUUUUAAUUCACCUUACAGACUGUCUUUUUCCUUGAAAUCAGUCCCUAUUCAUCCUGAGCUCUUCAAAGAAGAAUAAUUUUAAAUUGACCUUCUGGACUCUUAAGUUUUCUGUCUGUCAAGGCAAAGCAAGCUGUUCUGCCUCUUCCUCCCUUUCAUAUGCUUACUUUAAGUUCCAGCUGGAUAGAUACCACAUAUACUAAUGUGGUGUGAUGGAUCAUCUUCUUUGAAUCAGAAUACAAAUAUCUGUACUUGUGUGUAUUCAAACUUGCAAUCUGUCGAUGGCCUUGAUCUAAGAAAAAAAUUUCCAUGUAAGCGGAGGAAAUACCAUCAAGUUUCACCAUCAAGGCAACAUUUGUCUCAAGCACUGGAUUUAGAGGGAGAUGACCAGAGUAAUAGGGCUCCAGUUACUAACUUGUAUAGCAGCAAUUUACUUACAGCAGUUUUUGGCAGAGCAGUUGGCUUGUACAGCUUGCAUCCUCUUAAGUAUUUUUAAAAUGUUGGGUAUUUAUUUUGUCUUUAUGGUAAAUUUUAUACAUUGUUCUGAUCUGACUGUAAAGAAAACAAGUCACCAGUAUGGACACCGUUGUUUCUGAUUCUCCUGUAUGUGUUGUAUCAAUGGACUCUUCAAGUAUUUUGUAAGUAUUAUAGAAUAUGGGUACAGGUCAACUGGAAAAGCAGCUGCUUUUUGAAUAAGGAUGAAAUUUAAAACUGCGGUAGCUGCAGUCAAAGCUUGUAGAGACUUUCAAUGUUGCUGACCUAUUUCUUAAAUUGACAAACUAUACUAACUAAUAGUACUUGAGUACAUCAAUAAAGUUUAAGAAACAGAGGUCUUAUGUAAAUAUUUGCUGAAACAACACAUCACUAAUGUUUAUGUAUUGUGAUAGGAAGACCUGUCUCUUUCAUCCUGUGUUGGCUGUAGUUUUGGCAGUUACUUGAAAGUGUUUUUUUCUUGGUAAUAUCUGGGCAGCAAUAACAGUAAAUGUAUUUACAUGCUAGAUAAAACUAGUGUAAAGAUGCUGAGAAGGGGAGGUAAUUCAGACAUAAAUGAUAAUUGUUUUAUUUGUCAGGGUUUUUGUGUUGGAAAUCAGCUGAACUUUACUGAUUUUAUGUAUUAAAAUGUAUUAAAACUUUCAAA